UAAGACGCCGAUGACCCAGAAAUCCACUUGGACCCAACCGGAGUGAAUCAGCAUCAUGAACGGAUUUCUGUGUAGUUACAACUUGAAUCACAGACUUAUUUGUGUUGCAGGUGGCGUGACAGCAGUGGCAGUAUCCGUUGUCAUCGUCAAGAAACUAUGGCCUAAAAAAAAAAAGAUCUACCCCCGGGACACGGUCAUCCUUCAUCAGGUAGGGAGGGGACCCUAUGCUCCAAGUUUAUCUCCAUUUGUCGUCAAACUUGAGACUUAUAUCAGGAUAGCAAAAAUACCUCACCAGAUUGCCCAUGGAAUGACUCCGUCUCCAAAAGGCAAAUGGCCUUGGAUCCAAUACAACGAGGAGAAGGUGGCGGACUCCGAGCUCUGCAUUGACUUCCUGAACAAGAAGUUUGGCGUAGAUUUGAACAGUCGCCUAACGCCUUAUGACAGAUCCGUGGCCUUGUCGGUGGGCAUCAUGAUGGAGGACCAUGCCAGCUGGUGUCACGCCAUGUUUCGAUAUCUGUUUGACCCUGAGGCGACUUUAAUUUGCAAGGCGUUCAAAAUUGGUAAAGUGAUGCUGUGGUACUACCAGAGAGGAAUCCGCAAGCUCCUUUACACUAUGGGAAUGGGGCGGCACACCAAAGAGGAGGUCACUUUCUUCCUGAAGCGUGAUCUGCAGGCUGUAUCAGACAUCUUAGGACAGAAGAAAUAUUUGAUGGGCGACUCACCGUGUGAGGCUGAUUGUGUCGUGUUUGGUCAGCUUAGUCAGUUACACUGGCAUGCGGUGGGAAACGAACUGGAGACCAUACUUACAGACGAGUUUCCAUCCCUGGCCGCCUACUGUGAACGGAUGAAGGAGGCGUAUUGGCCCGACUGGGAGGAGUGUACAACGAGAGGAUUCACGACCGAAGCCACGAAAUAAUGGUUCAGGAAAACGUGUAGUGCUGUUUUAACAGUUUAGUUGACCACAUUCAUUUUAUAAGGAAAUAACAAAUACUCUUGUAUAACGUUCAUUUUAUGAUCAAUUGUAUAUAUUGCUGUAUGUAAGGGUUGUGAUUGGAGGCAGUAAUCUGUGGCGUGCUUGUAAACAAUGAUCGUGGGUUCGAUUCCCAGACCAACCUGAUCAUGGACCUCGAUUUGCCAACACCUUGUCCCUGCUGUUGGACUUAUCCAAAGUGAUAAGCGUCUAAGAGCUGCAUCAUAUCAGUUUCCAACCACAUCAAGCUGGCAAUCCAAGAUGGGAGUGUAACCGAAACACUGUUCAAAGCCGCCAUACAUUUUGUGAUGAAGACCGACUGACUGACUGAGUUUUAGUUUUACGCCGCUUUUAGCAAUAUUCCAGCAACAUCACGGCGGGGGACCGUGAACUGGGCUUCGCACAUUGUACCCAUGUGGGCAUUCGAACCCGGGUCUUCAGCGUGACGAGCGGACGCUUUAGCCACUAGGCUAUACCACCUACCCUUUGUGUUGAAGAAUUGAUGAACUGAGUUAUUGUUAAUAAUUAUGAAAUACUAUGCAGCUGUUUCAGAUUGUUUGCUAUUUAGCAGCCGACUCAACAUUGUUCCACCUGUAUUACCACAAUCUGUAAAUAAUGGAGCCAGGAACAGGCUGUCAGUAACUCACAUAAAUGUGAUCUAUAACAGGCUUUAUGUCUGGUCGUGUGUUCCAUGAUAAAUGUUUACUACAAUUGGAGAUAUUUCCAACGUUAAAUGUUAAUGAUAUUUUUAUCAAUAGACAAGUUUAUGAUAUUGUUGCAUGGAUGUUUUUUUAUAUGUGAUAUUCUAAACACUCGGGGUUCAGCAACAUGUGCUGUAGUCCCCUGCUUGUAUACUUUGUCAUGUACAUGCACAUUAAAAGAAGUUCAUGUCCA